UAUUCUUAAUUUGAUAGACCGACAUGAAAACUAGCAAAUAGAAACCUAGAAGUAUACAUGUCCUGAGUAACACAAUGCAUUAUGGCGCUUCGGAAUGCCCUUGAUUUGGAGGCAUCUAUCAAUGCUUACUCAUAGUACCUAUGAACCUAUGCGUAUACCCCAUAUGAACAACUAUACUCGGAUUGAUAUGGGGGUUGUGAAAGUCCCUCAUGUCUUGGGGAUAAAAGGAGUUGAUAUCUCAGGCAUUCUGAAAGUGUUUUCCAUCCAUCAUCAUCACAACCAUCAGCACAACUAUAACUAUCAUCUCUAUCAUCAACUUCAAUCUAAACAUCAUCGACUAAGCACAGAAAGAUCCUAUUCUCGACUAGAAUCCAUCGUCACUGUAUCAUCUUUCCGCCAUCAUCUUGAGAAAGUUUUUAGACUUGUUCGUCGCCUCAAUAGAAACUACAUCGCCGUCAGCAUUUAAAUCUGCAUCAAAUAUCAACAAUCGAAACAUCAAACAUGGGUAACCAAGUCAAGUCCAUCGAACAGUUUGACUUCAUCGUCGUCGGAGGAGGUACUGCCGGUUGCGCCGUAGCUGGUCGUCUAGCCGAAUCUCCUAACGUUCGAGUCCUCGUUAUCGAAGCUGGUAUCAGCAACCCGAAAGAUAUUGACGCAAUCACGACCCCCGCCCGAGCCUUCGAACUACGCGACAGCAAAUAUGACUGGGCAUACAAGACCACCAUGAUCGACCGUCCCGAGUACACUCGUGUCGAGAAGCCCAAUACCCGUGGUAAAACCCUCGGUGGUUCUAGUUGUCUCAAUUAUUACACUUGGAUCCCCGGUUCGGCCGGUACCUUUGAUGAUUGGGCUCCCUAUGGCGGCGACGAGUGGAAAUGGGAUAACAUCCGUAAAUACUUGUACAAGCCGGCUACGUACUAUGACGACAAGAAUCUCUUCAGCGAAGAGCUGAAGUACAUUGGUGCUGGCGGCCCUAUUCCAGUGUCCCAUUCUGAUAUGGUGCCUGAGAUUCAACCCUUCCGAGAUGCCUUGACUAAGGCUUGGACAAGCAAGGGUGGCGAAUUAACCGACGAUGUCCAUAAUGGUACCAUGCGAGGCCUCUGGAAAUGUACAAACAGUAUCUACAACGGAAAGCGUUCUUCAAGUUGGAUGUACCUCGAGGGCAAGACCAAUGUCACUGUACUCUCAGGUACCAACUCUAAGCGCUUGCUUAUCGACCCCACUACGAAGAAGUGCUCCAGUGUGGAAAUAAUCCUACCCACUGGUGAAACACAUAGUUUUACAUCCAAGUACGAAACUAUCGUCUCGUCUGGUGUAUUUGAAAGCCCAAAGCUGCUUAUGCUUAGCGGUAUCGGUCCUAAGGCUGAACUCUCCAAGUUCAACAUCGAGACAGUUGUCGACUCACCUCACGUGGGUCAAAACCUAUUGGAUCACCCUAUUCUUCCUCAUGUCUUCCGUCUUGAAAAUGGAACCGGUCUAGACCAUCAUCUUCUUAGAGCAGGUCUUGAGCAUGAUGCUGCCGUCAGUGCCUACCGUUGGAAGAACCAAGGCCCUUACACUUCAGGUCUCCUUGAGUUGGUUGGUCUCCCACGCAUCGACGAGCGCUUAAUGAAGUACCCUGAGUAUGUGGCAGCCAAAGAAGCCAACGGAGGAUUAGAUCCAUUCGGACCAGCAGGACAGCCUCACUUUGAGAUUGACUUCGUCCCAAUGUUUAGCGACGCCUUCCAGUGGCACAUCCCUACACCACCCACCGGGGACUACCUCACGGUCAUUGUUGAUCUGUUACGCCCACAAAGCCGGUCUGGUACAGUGGAGCUAAACAGCGCGGACCCACUAGUACAACCCAAGAUCAAUCUCAACUUCUUCGCUAAGGAUUUGGAUAUCCUAGCUAUGCGCGAGGGUAUCCGUUGGGUAGACGAUGUGUUGAUGAAUGGUGAAGGUAUGCGCGACAUGAUUCGUGAAGAUUACCCCUGGCCGAUGCCUCGUACCUCAGACGCGGCGAUGGAUAAACUUAUCCUUGAGCGCUCACAGACCGGAUUCCACCCUUGCGGAACUACCCGCAUGGCUAAAGAUAUUGGAGAAGGUGUCGUUGAUGGCAAGCUUAAGGUCUUCGGUGUUGAUAACCUGCGCGUUAUCGAUGCGUCUGUAAUUCCUGUUAUUCCCGACUGUCGUAUUCAGAAUUCGGUUUAUAUGAUUGCUGAGAAGGGCGCCGAUCUGAUUAAGGCUGAGUAUCCCGAGCUAUUUGCUUAGGCUCCUCACCUCAAGGCAUGAGAGUGAUUUCCUGGAUAGAAUCGGACUAAGCUUAGAGAUUUUCUAUGUUCAGCUUUGCACUUCUUAUGAAUUAUGACUUCCUGAAGUGUGUGAUAACACGGAACUUGGAAAUAUUGAAGAAAGAAUGAAGAUGGAAAGAUUGGAAUGAGAGUGUGAAUCUCUAUUACCGCUCUAUUACUAAUAUGAUUCCUUAAGUUAUUAUGAGGCUUGACCCAAUACAGAUGCGAUUACAUGAAUAUUUAUUCAUUAUCAUUACUUACCUAGGUACCGGUAAACCGGGAUUCUAUUUCUUUUUUCUGUGCUUACCUAAACCUAGAAGGUGAAAUUGAAUGGCGGAAACUUGUCAAAAUUGUCGGAUGCUUACCUAUUUCGCUUGGACGGAUAGAGAACCAAUUAAUCGUUUGAUGAUUACUUCUCAACCCACCGAUUCCCUCAAUAGUGAUCACUUAACUCGAGAUGAACA